AUGGCGCCCAAACACACUGCCGAAGAACUGGUGGGAUUGAUGAAUGGAGAUACCUGGCUUAGAGGUUGGGAUGUAUUGGUUGCGUAUGAUGAAGACCUCAUCAACACUAUGCUCGAGGCCAGCGUGAAACAGGCACCCAAGAUAUUGGAUGACUUGAAACCAUUCCAAGUAUCAUGGACGUAUAAUCAUCGCACUUUUGUGACUGAAUACCAUGUAUCUCUUGGUAUUCCCACCUUGAAAUUUGUCGAUGUGUCCGGGACCAUCGAUGUGACAUUUGCCAUGUCAGGCUAUUAUAUCGAUGUUACAGAUCCUUCGAACCCCGGUAGUCACAAUCCGUUCCCUGAAAAUCAGAGAAUGGUGGCCACUACGUAUCUCUACAAUGUUUCCGGAAACAUGGACGAAUCUCAGCUUUUACCCGCGGGAGUUCGGAUCGACUUCGAUCAGAAUGUGCCGGCCUCAAAGCAUAUUGCCGUGGCCUUCGAAAAGCCAUCCGUCAAGGUAAUUGGACCUGAUGGUAACACUGACCCAAGCUGGGAUACAGCACUGUCGUUCUUGACUGGCCAUAUUGCCAACAGUGGUUUUGUCUAUCGGGUACUAGGCAUCCAGAACAAAGCUCAGGAUUUGCACCUCCAAAAGACUCUGGAUGAUAGCUUCACUACGACAUUAGAGCCUAGCUCAAUGGUCUUUAGCACGGUCACCGGCGAUCCGGCAACGAAUACUCCGGGAUCGUUGCUCAUUUGGAUCAACAUGCUGCAUUCGACCAGUUCCGGAGGCCAACUUCCAUCCGCCGGGCAGCCUUUGCUUUUUCAACCUGGCCCGGAUAAUGCAUCGAGACUGAGCACCACUCCGGUUACGAUGCCUCUUGCUAACGAGCGACCGCAGCCUUCCCUCCUCAAUUCUGGCUACACUGAGCCAAAGGCCAACGAAAGAGGAAACUACAGUGAGUUCGACUACCGUGAUGCAUUGACUGCAAUCGUUCUCACAAGGUCUACAGGUGGAAUGCAAAUCACGGCGAGGUUUCCUAGCACGCCGUAUCACAUCGACAAAGUAGACACCUCUGAUUCAGGGUUCGGCUGGAAUAGUUCGCAUCAGUGUGAUGGAAUGGACUUUAACGCGAAUCAGGAUCCUGUUAGCAUCAACUUUGUCGAUCAUGGUGCGACCGUCUCAUACAGCCAUACGCAGAGACUGUCGUACGGCAGUUCAUUCACUUCUACUGGUCCGCACGGGUCGACACGCGGCGCGUCCGGCUCUGCAGAUUUCACCCUUUCAUUACAGGCGAAUGGGACAUGGAGCAACCCUAAUCGUGAUUCGAGCAACAGACUGCUGUUGUCCGUACCCCUACCGGCAACCUUAACCAUGAAUACCAGCAAUGUUUCGGGAGCUGCAUUCGGAAUGGCCUAUCCCAGCCCUCCAUCAAGCCUUACAAACCUUCAGAUUAAAACACCUACAGCUUCGAUGGAUAGCGUGAGCUUGGAUUACUUCUUGACAACCAAUCUCCUUUUCCCUGACCAGCACGUCUUUGACGCCAAUGAGGCUCCGGGAUCGAUAUGGCAUCCAAGAGACACAUUGCUUACGGGCAAGGUGACCCAGCAGACGCCAACAACCAGAGCCACGCGCUUGAAAACCCUCGUGGAGGACCUCAAACGAACCAAGUCGCGAAGCGAAACGCACAAGCUGGAAUCUAAAGACACAGAGGGUGUUCAGACCACACCACCAACCUUUCAGGACUUGAAAAAUGACAUCCUAUCACUCAAGCCUUCGACAUUUCUAGGAAGCGCAAUCGCUGCCUUGGCGGCUGAAUCUGAUCCGGAUGCUGCUUUUGAAACGGUGCUGGUCAAGCAUAAUUACGACUCACUAAGUGGUGAUGAAUUCGGUGAAGCCACGGGCAUUUACUCCCGAGAUCCUGCAAGGACCGGCAACAAAAGUCUGUCCUUGGGAAGCCAGCAGUUUGACAUUCGAUAUUUUGGAGCAUUCUACGACAUCACGGCCCCAGAAAGUAUGCGCAAUACAUCUAUGGUCGUUGACCCCCACAGCGGUAACAUUAAAAUGAACGAAACAGAAGCCGUGACGAGUAGCUCGGUGGGACAAGAUGGAAAAGCGCACGUCACUUGGACCUUGCUUGGAAACAGCUAUGAUGUGGUAUUCAUCAGCACGGCAGUCAAGGAUACCGCGUCGUUCACACUGAGUUUCGAGGGCACUGUGAGAACGCCGGGGGGAGUGGAACCAUUCAAAGGCAAGCAGUCGGACGCUCCACGUUCCUCUUCGCCUGAACCAGACGUCAACAUAGUGACCUACGUCGGCUUUGGCCUGUCUACUGUUCUCGGACUCUUCGCAAUUUUUCAGUCUUGGUGGUACCGCCGCCAAGAUAAGAAAGAAGGCAAAGACAAGACUGAAGCUGGCAAAGAGCGGAUGAGGCAGACAGAUGCGUCACGCGCAGAAAUCAAGGCUAAAGUGAACGAAAUUCUCGAGAUCCUCAAAAGCCAAGUCAGGGAAGUAGUCAGACGCCCUCUCUCGUCAGCGGAAUCAGACCGUCUGCGCGGCAGCAUGGCUGCUGGAUUCGAUCAGGCGGCCGCAGAAGCCAGCCAGAGCGUCUCAGACGUCCAAUGGCACGAUAGCAGUCUCUCAAGCCAAGGAGCCGUCCAUGACGCGACUGUAAGGAAUGGACAACAAAGCGCCAACGACGCGAUCGAAAGUGCCAACCACAGCGUCCGUCUUCCAGCAGCCUUUGACGCGAUCGGGCCAUUUGUUAGGAGUGGUCUAGUCAGCAAUGGAGAGGCUCACAAUAUUGGCAUAUCUGCAAUUUCUGAACAGUCCGCAGAAAUGCAGACCCGUCUGAAUGCCAGUGAUUACCCCACGGCCCAAGCGACAGCGAGCAUCGCCAGUAUACAGACCUCCAAACUGGAUUCGCUGGCCAAAGCUGCGGCGAAAAACAUUGAUAUCUUACAGCAAUCCAAGACGCGGAAUCAGCAGGCCAUUGUUCAGAACGAAGCACUAGCCAAGAGAUAUGCUGAGGAAGCCGCGAAGGCCACCGACGAAGCAGAAAAGACGAGAUUGGAAAGACUAGCAAAUGACUCGCGAGAUGCCGUAAAAGAGCUAGAGGAAAGGCAAAGGCACGCGGACAAGCAGAUCCAAGAUGAGAUUGACCAUAAACAAGCCGAUGAAAGGUCGAGGAGCGAAGCAGAAGAUGAGCGAAGGAGGUCUAGUGACAACGCUGAGGAGGAGUAUAAACAUGUACAGGAUCCAUAG